GUAUUAUAUAUACAAUAGGCCCUAUGUUAAUAAAAUAUAGAUACACUCAUUCUCCAGCACACGCCAGUCUGUGUCUCCAUGCUCGAAUCUUCGGACGUGAAGAACAGGACUGCAGAAAUAGAAGAUGGUGUUACCGCUGCUACGUGUCCUUGGCGGACUGACCACUGUCUUGACCACGUUACAACUUCUGCUUCUCUGUACAUCGACAGUUAUGAGUGUAAGUGUGCGCUUAGCCGGGAGUGAUCUUACCGGUGCUGGCCGGGUGGAGGUAUACUUUUUAGGAAUAUGGGGGACGAUAUGCGACGACUCGUGGGACGAUAAUGACGCCAAAACGGUAUGCCGUUCAAUGGGAUACAGUGAUGGCAAAGCGUUUGGAAGUGCCACUUUCGGGCGAGGGACCGGACGCAUCUGGCUUGAUGACGUAGCGUGUGGCGGUGCUGCGAUUGAUUUAGACGCAUGCGCUCACGCAGGCUGGGGCACUCAUAAUUGUAACCACGGAGAGGACGCAGGAGUCUGGUGUGUAAGAGAUGGUGACGUCAUGUUAGUAAAUGGCAACAACGUGAAUACGGGUCGGGUCGAGGUAUACCAUAGCGGGAGUUUUGGAACAAUAUGUGACGACUCCUUCGACCAUAAAGACGCCGACGUCAUCUGUAAAAUGCUUGGAUUUCCAUCUGGCGGCGUAGCACAUGGGGUCGCUAAAUAUGGCCAGGGACAAGGACAGAUCUGGCUGGACAAUCUUAGUUGUGACAAGACGGACACUCGGCUCGAUCAGUGUGAUCCCAAUUGGGGUACCCACAACUGUGUCCAUAACGAGGACGCGGGAGUCUUUUGCUACCGAGGUUCCUGGACAACAACACCGUGUACUGUAACGUGUGGGGGCGGAACAAUCCAGAGGUUAAUAACCUGCUCAGGAGACGGAUGUACUCCGAGAACUGAAUUAUUGCCCUGUGGAACUAUGACAUGUCCCGUUGAUGGACAAUGGUCACCGUGGAACGAUUGGACGUCGUGCUCGGUCUCCUGUGGGAAUGGAACUAGGACGAGAUCUCGCCAAUGUAACAAUCCGGCGCCUGCGCACAACGGCCGUACUUGUCUUGGAGAUCAGAACGACUCGGAAGCAUGUAGUCCUGGAAUCAUGUGUCCAAUUGAUGGACAAUGGGGAUUGUGGAACAGUUGGACAUCGUGCUCAGUCUCGUGUGAGAAUGGAACUAGGACGAGAACUCGUCGAUGUAACAAUCCGGCGCCUGCGUACAACGGUCGUCCAUGUUCUGGAGAUGAACGGGAGUCGGAGGGGUGUUCACCAGGAAUCAUGUGUCCAAUUGAUGGACGAUGGGGACAGUGGAACGAUUGGUCGUUCUGCUCAGUAUCGUGUGAGAAUGGAACUAGAACGAGAUCUCGCCAAUGUGACAAUCCGGCGCCUGCGCACAACGGGCUUUUUUGUCCUGGAGAUGAACGCGAGCUGGACGGAUGUAGUUCAGGAACCAUGUGUCCAAUUGAUGGACAAUGGGGAGUGUGGAACGAUUGGAUGCCUUGCUCGGUCUCGUGUGAUAUUGGAACUAGAACGAGAUCUCGCCAAUGUAACAAUCCGGCGCCUGCGCACAAUGGCCGUACUUGUCUGGGAGAACAGAACGACUCGGAAGCAUGUAGUCCUGGAAUCAUGUGUCCAAUUGAUGGGCAAUGGGGAUUGUGGAAUGGUUGGACAUCGUGCUCUGUCUCGUGUGAGAAUGGAACUAGGACGAGAUCUCGACAAUGUAACAAUCCUGCGCCUGCGCACAACGGUCGUGAUUGUCCUGGAGUUCAGAACGACUCGGAGGAAUGUAGUCCUGGAAUAAUGUGUCCAAUUGAUGGACGAUGGGGACAGUGGAACGGUUGGACGUCGUGCUCGGUCUCGUGUGAGAUUGGAACUAGGACGAGAUCUCGCCAAUGUAACAAACCUGCGCCUGCGUACAACGGCCGUGCCUGUCGUGGAGAUCAAAACGACUCGGAAGCUUGUAGUCCUGGACGCAUGUGUCCAAUUGAUGGGCAAUGGGGAUUGUGGAAUGGUUGGACAUCGUGCUCUGUCUCGUGUGAGAAUGGAACUAGGACGAGAUCUCGACAAUGUAACAAUCCUGCGCCUGCGCACAACGGUCGUGAUUGUCCUGGAGUUCAGAACGACUCGGAGGAAUGUAGUCCUGGAAUAAUGUGUCCAAUUGAUGGACUAUGGUCACCGUGGAACGAUUGGACGUCGUGCUCAGUCUCGUGUGAGAUUGGAACUAGAACGAGAUCUCGCCAAUGUAGCAAUCCCGCACCUGCGCACAAUGGUCGUACUUGUCCUGGAGAUCAGAACGACUCUGAAGCAUGUAGUCCUGGAAUCAUAUGUCCUAUUGAUGGACAAUGGAGUUCUUGGAACGGUUGGUCGUCAUGCUCAGCCUCGUGUGAAAAUGGCACUAGAACGAGGUCUCGUCAAUGCAACAAUCCUGCGCCUGCGCACAACGGUCACACUUGUCCCGGGAACGAGCACGACUUAGAAGGAUGUACUGCGGGAAUUAUGUGCCCAAUUGACGGACAAUGGGGAUUGUGGAAUGGUUGGACGUCAUGUUCUGUCUCGUGCGAGAAUGGAACAAGAACAAGAUCUCGUCAAUGCAACAGUCCUGCGCCUGCGCACAACGGUGGUGCUUGUCUUGGAGAUCAGAACGAAUCGGAAGCAUGUAGUCCUGGAAUCAUGUGUCCAAUUGACGGACAUUGGGGACUGUGGGAUGACUGGUCGUCGUGCUCAGUCUCGUGCGAGAAUGGAACUCGGACGAGAUAUCGUCAAUGCAACAAUCCUGCGCCUGCGCACAACGGUCGUUCUUGUUUUGGAGAUCAAGACGAAUCGGAAAGAUGUAUUUCCGGAAUCAUGUGUCCAAUUGAUGGACAAUGGUCACACUGGAAUGAUUGGACAUCGUGCUCAGUCUCGUGUGAGAAUGGAACUAGGACGAGAUCACGUCAAUGUAACAAUCCUGCGCCUGCGCACAACGGUCGUUCUUGUCUUGGAGAUCAGGACGAAUCGGAAGGAUGUACAUCCGGAAUCAUGUGUCCAAUUGAUGGACAAUGGGGAGUGUGGAAUGGUUGGACAUCGUGCUCUGUCUCGUGUGAGAAUGGAACUAGGACGAGAUCUCGCCAAUGUAACAAUCCUACGCCUGUGCACAACGGUCGUUCUUGUUCUGGAGAUCAGGAUGAAUCGGAAGGAUGUACUUCCGGAAUCAUGUGUCCAAUUGAUGGACAAUGGUCACAAUGGACGGGUUGGACCCCGUGCUCGGUUUCGUGUGAGAAUGGCACCAGAACGAGAUCUCGUCAAUGUAACAAUCCGGCGCCUGCGCACAACGGUCAUUCAUGUCCCGGAGAAGGUGACUCCUCUGAAGAAUGUACUCCAGGAAUUAUGUGUCCAGUUGAUGGACAGUGGGGGAAAUGGACAGAGUGGUCAUCGUGCUCCGUGACUUGCGAAUGUGGUGAGAAAAUUAGGUCACGUGAAUGCGACAGUCCGUAUCCAGAACACGACGGGAUGGCAUGUACCGGAAACAGCAGCGAGACAGCCUCCUGUGGGGCUGAUAUACUGUGUCCAGGUGGCUGCGGUAAGGACAGGUUGAUGUGCAUCGACAAAAGAACGUGCAUCGGCGUCAGCAUGUCAUGUGACGGUGUGCGGCAGUGCCCGGAUGGGGGUGACGAGGUCAAUUGCAUUGGAAGAAAUCUGCUGUACAUGCCCAACUUCCAAUACCUGUUCUCGUCUGACUCGACCAAAACGUGCCCUUCCCUUCUGUGGAUGUUGAUGAUAUGGCUGCUCCGUGUCUUUGUCCAGUAAAAUGACGCCAUACGUUGUGAAAGGAGUUGCGCAGUGACCAUCAGAGAGUGUGAACAUCGAGGAGAGAAUCGUUAGUCCUGUUGGCAUGGAGAGAAAACAACCGCGUGGUCCGAGAUUCAUUUUAAAACGUUUUAUAGAACACAUAAACUUUUAGUCGGAUGUCUGCAAUCACAUGGCGGACUCUCUUCCUCCCUACCUACAUUUUGCCUCUCUCUCUCUCUCUUUCUGGCUCUGUCUCAUUUCUGUCUCUAUAAUCCUCCAUGGGGUUAUGCUCAAUUUCGCUCUCUACACCCCUGGAAUGUGUCAUAGCAAAGGUGAAGUCACGCGGCUAGCUGUUUGAUUGGUCUCUGGUUAAUAAACCUUACCAAUCUCUAGACUGAUACCCGGGUCUUUAAAGAUUAAAGGGGAGCGACACCCGACUUCAAAGCCAGUCAAUUUUACCGUUACGCGAACGACCGUUUCUUUUGAUGCACAUCAAAGGAUCAGACUUAUCUUCUCGUCUCAUCCACAAAGUUGUGCACACUGAGCUUUCGAUUUUGCUAUGAUGCAGAGAACGAAAGUAAGUUUAACCCCUAGGGAGUACAAGAUGUGUCUCUAUCCAUCGUAUGUGCAUAUAAAAGUGUGUGUGUGUGGGUGUGAAUAUGUAAAUGUUUGUAUGCAAUUUGUCAAUAGAUAACAUCAUACUCUAUUACCAUA